CUCAGGUCUCACCUUAAGCCGCCCCUGGCUUCCUACAAUAGUUCACAGCCUCUCUUUAUAUUCUUCUUGCUUCUAUUUCAAUCUAUGUUUCUCUGUUCCUGUCAAAGCCUUCCUCAGUUUUUUUACCUUUUCAAUGAUGAUCAAAACCAAAAUGAUGACGCUUUCUGCUUCAGAUCCAAGGUAUGAGAGCAAGUUUUCUGUUGGUGGACAAACAAAAUGAUCAACUGUGUUAUCAGUUGUUCUCAUCACUUCAAAGACAUCUUCUCUGUCAUUCCGUAUCCAUAUGACAUAGAAACUACUUCACUUGUAGAGAUGGUGGUCCUCAAGAAAGGAUCAACUGGAUUAUUUCGCCUUCUAUUCUUCUUCUUUUUCUUCUCCUUCUUCUCCUUCACUCUCGGGGACUCCGCAGGCAAAGAAAUAGACCUUCUUCUAUCCUUCAAAGCUUCUGUCCGCGACCCGUUUCGGUUAUUUGCCAACUGGGAUCCAUCAGUCUCGUUUUGCCAUUGGCAUGGCGUCGCCUGCCUCGACAAUUCAUCGGUAUCUCAUGUCAUCGGAAUCGAACUCAGCGGCAAGAAUAUCUCUGGAAACAUUUCUGCAUCAAUUUUUCAGCUUCCCUUUGUGGAAACCAUCAACCUCUCCAACAACCAGCUCUCGGACAAAAUCCCGAUCGACAUGGCGUCGUGCUCGUCGCUGCGAUCCCUCAACCUCAGUAACAAUAAUUUAACUGGUCAACUUCCAAUCAGGUCCAAUUCUCUCUCACACCUUGAGGCCUUGGAUCUAUCAAACAACAUGCUGUCUGGCGAAAUUCCUACGGAAAUCGGGAUGCUUUCGGGACUCAAAGUUCUUGAUCUUGGUGGGAAUUCUUUGGUGGGAGGAAUUCCGAAGUCUAUUUCAAAUAUCACAGGCUUGCAGUUCUUGACCUUAUCUUCUAACCAAUUAGUUGGUGAAAUUCCAAGGGAAUUAGGCCAAAUGAAGAGCUUGAAGUGGAUCUACUUGGGAUAUAACAAUCUGUCGGGCGAAAUCCCGAAGGAAAUUGGUGAGUUAACUUCUUUGAAUCACCUUGAUCUUGUCUACAACAAUCUCACAGGAGAAAUCCCACCAUCUCUUGGAAAUCUCAGUGAUCUUCGGUAUCUCUUUCUCUACCAAAAUAAGCAUACCGGUUCCAUUCCUCCAUCCAUUUUUGGCCUCCGCAAUUUGGUUUCACUUGAUCUAAGCGAUAAUUCGCUUUCCGGGGACAUCCCGGAACUCGUAAUUCACCUCGAAAAGUUGGAGAUUCUUCAUCUCUUCUCCAACAAUCUCACUGGAAAAAUUCCGAACUCUCUAUCUUCUUUGCCUCGUCUUGAAGUUCUUCAGCUAUGGUCGAAUAGGUUGCACGGUGAGAUUCCGAAAAACCUUGGGGAACAAAACAAUCUCAGCAUAGUAGAUCUUUCCACCAACAAUCUCUCCGGAGAAAUCCCCCAAACCUUAUGCAACUCCGGCCGUCUCUUUAAGCUCAUCCUCUUCUCAAACUUCCUCCAAGGCGAAAUUCCUAAGAGCUUAGGUCGCUGCAAAAGCUUACGGCGAGUGCGUAUUCAAAACAACUGCCUCUUCGGGAAGCUGCCGCCGGAAUUCACCAACCUCCCACUGGUCUACUUCCUUGACCUAUCGGCUAACAAUUUAUCCGGUACAAUCAGUGACUGGAAAUGGCAUAUGCCGGCGCUUCAGAUGCUGAACUUAGCAAGAAACGGAUUUGUUGGGAACUUGCCGGACUCCUUUGGUACUAACAAGUUGGAGAACUUGGACUUGUCAGAGAAUCAGUUUUCCGGGACAAUCCCUUCUCGUUUUGGAAACUUGUCAGAGCUAAUGCAACUGCAGCUGAGCAGAAACAAGCUCUCCGGCGAAAUCCCUGAUCAGUUAUCUUCUUGCACGAAGCUUGUGAGUUUAGAUCUCAGCCACAAUCAGCUGAAUGGCGAAAUCCCACCAAGUUUAUCCGAAUUGCCUGUACUCGGCAAGCUCGACUUGUCGGAGAACCAGUUAUCGGGCAAAAUCCCACAAAAUUUAGGAAAAGUGGAAUCACUAGUUCAAGUGAAUAUCUCUCACAACCACUUCCACGGGAGUUUACCCUCCACCGGAGCCUUCCUCGCCAUCAACGCUAGUGCAGUUUCCGGCAACGAACUCUGCGACGGCAACGAAAGGAGGGGCUUGUCUCCAUGCAAAACUGCCAAGAAUCCCAUUUGGUGGUUUCUCGUCACUUGUCUUCUCGUGGUUUUGGGGUUGCUUGCACUUAUUGCCUUAGCCAUCGUUCUCAGUCAGCGGUGUAAAGAAACGGAGCUUAGAAAAAGAGUGGAAAACGAGGAUGGAAUAUGGGAAGCACAGUUUUUCAAUUCCAAGGUGUGGAAAGCUGUAACCAUCGACGAUAUCGCAACGUCGGUACGAGAAGAAAAUGUUGUUGCAAGAGGAAGAAGAGGGGCAUCGUACAAAGGAAAGUCUGCGAUUGCGGACGUGCAGUUUUUUGUAAAGGAGAUGACUGAGUUUAACUCAAAUAUUCUCAGCAGUACGUGGACGGAGAUGACAGAAUUCGGCAAGCUCCGACAUCCAAACAUAGUGAAGCUAAUGGGAAUCUGUCGGUCGAAGAAGCUUGGGUAUUUGAUUUUCGAGUUCGUAGCGGGGAAGAAUUUGGGUGAAGUACUGAAGGAUUUAAGUUGGGAUCGCCGACGAAAAAUUGCCACUGGGAUUGCGAAAGCUCUACGGUUUCUGCAUUCUUAUUGCUCACCGAGUGUUCUCGUCGGUGACAUGUCGCCGGAGAAAGUUAUGGUUGAUGGAUGUGGUGAGGCUCGCCUGAGAUUGAACCUUCCGGUGAUGGUUUGUAUGGAUUCCAAAUCCUUCAGUUCUUCGCCGUACGUCGCCCCAGAAUGUAGAGAAACCAAAGCAAGCACAGAGAAGAGUGACAUAUAUGGAUUCGGGCUCAUUCUGAUCGGAUUACUCGCCGGAAGAAGUCCGGCGGAUGCAGAGUUUGGCAUCCACGACAGCAUCGUUGAAUGGGCCCGGUACUGCUACUCAGACUGUCAUCUCGACACGUGGAUAGAUCCAACGAUCAGGGGACAUGCGUCAUCCAACGUGAUUAAUCAGAAUGAGAUGGUGGAGACCAUGAACUUGGCUCUCCACUGUACCGCCACCGACCCCACUGCUCGACCGUGCGCCGCCAACGUCUCCAAAACUCUUCAUUCAAUUAUGAAGUCCUCGAGAUCAUCAUGCGUCUCCGGAGGCCUCAAAUUUUCUCCUAGUUUUUGCUAGCUGAUGAUCAUAUCCCCAUGAUUUUGUUCAAUAUCUUUUCUUCUUCUUCUUCUUCUUCUUUUUUUUUGGUUUUUUCCAGUUUGAAUUUAAGAUCUAAUUAAAAGAGUGUUACUGAGAUGUUUUCUUUGAUGUUAGAUAUGAUGGUGAUGACAUGCAUGCUGCUACUCAUGAGUGUAAAAAUGUAGAUAACGCUAAACUCCUUUGUAUGAAUUACAGCUUUUUAUCCGAGAAUAAUUCAUUUAUAUUUAUUGUAUAUUUAUUUUUAUCUUUCCUU